AUGGCGUCCGACAGCGACAGCGACGAGGAUUUUGUGACUUACGGGACUCCCCUGGAGCCUCUGGAGGAAGAUGGACAACCUGCUGAUGGAAGAGUUGAGCAGCAGAGCUCAGAGGUUCCCAGAGCUCCGUCUGACCAGCAGCAUCAACCAGAGCUGGACUCCAUAUUUAUGACCAUGAACCACUUUAAUGAUCCACUGAUCUCUAUGUUCCAGCUGCUGGAGGACAACAUGGUGACUUCUGUGAAGAAUGAGCUGAAGAAGAUGCAGAAGGUUCUGCGUCCAGAUUACCCACAAUGCUCCGAGAAACUUGCUGCUGCAGCUUGUAAACGUAAACUUAAACGUGGCCUGAAGCAGAAGUUCCAGAGAGUGUCUGAGGGCAUCGCUAAAGCAGGACAGUGGACCCUCCUGGAUGAGGUCUACACAGAGCUGUACAUCACAGAGGGAGGGACUGCAGAGGUCAAUGAGGAACAUGAGGUCAGACAGAUUGAAGCAGCAUCCAGGAGAGCAGCCAGANCGUUCUUCUUCCUGUUUCCUGCAGACGAGCCUCUGAAGAAGCCCGUCCCGCUGCACGAACAGACGGUGAAGGAUGAGAAAGGCCGGUACAAGAGGUUUCAUGGAGCGUUCACCGGAGGGUUCUCAGCCGGAUACUUCAACACCGUCGGCUCUAAAGAAGGUUGGACGCCGUCGACCUUUGUGUCGUCACGGCAACAGAAGGCUGAGAAACACGAUGCCCGUCCAGAAGACUUCAUGGACGAGGAGGACUUCAGCGAACACGGGAUCGCUCCCUCAGAAAUCACCACCAGUCUGGAGUUCGCGUCCAGCCGCCGGGACGAAGCCGCUGAGAAGGCGAAAGCUGUCAACGCCCAGGCUGCUCUGAUCCCCGGAGACACGCUGCUGGAGGAGCUCAUCACACCUGCCAGGUCGUCUGUGGGGGUGGAGCUGCUGAGGAAGAUGGGCUGGAGGGAGGGCCAAGGCGUCGGGCCGCGAGUGAAGAGGAGAGCUGGCCGGCAGCAGACAGACGGUGGAAGCAGAGUUUACAGCUGUGCGCUGCCCCCUGCUGGCUCGGAGGACUCAGAGGAUGACGACGACGAGUUUGCUCCGGAGAACGUGACUUUUGCUCCGAAGGACGUGACUCCAGUGGACUUCAGCCCCAGGACGGGCCUUCAGGGUCUGGGGUACCGCGGUCUGGACCCGGGCCUGGCGCUGCUGGGCCACGAGGCUCCAGAACACAUCGACCUGUUCAGGCCUCAGUCUGAGACCAGGAGCCGGCUGUUCGGAGACGCUCGGAGCGGCGCCAGGAGAGGAGGCGUGGCCGGACAGGCCUUCGGCGUCGGGGCGCUGGAGGACGACGAUGAUGAGGACGUCUACCACAGAGACUCCAUGUCCAGGUACGACAAGGUGCUGGGAGGGGAGGAGCCUGGAGACGGACUGUUCGGAUGGACGGCGCCGCAGCAGUACACCAAGAACAAAGACAGGAGCAGAGACACGUCGUACCUCGGCAAGAUCCUGGAAGGAUUCACUUUGGCCCAGAAGCCAGCCGAGGAGAAAACCAUCUUCCCUCCGCCGGCGCUGCCCAGAGACUACCGCCCCGUCCAUCGCUUCCGUCCGUCGGUCGCUCGUCUGUCCGGCGUCAGUCCGGCUCUGGCCGAAGCUCUGAGGACGUCCAGAGGCCACCUGGUGAAGGAAGAACCUGAGCAGGGAGGACGACACCAGCUGGACUCUGGACAGAGGAGGACGCUGCUGGGGGAGGACGCCCUGCAAGGUCCCAGUUCAGUCAUGGAGCUGCUGAGGCCUGAAGACAGGCAGCGUCUGCUGAGCCUCCGCAAUGCCUCCAUCCAGACCUCCAGCCAGCCCCCCAUCCAGACCUCCAUCCAGACCUCCAGCACAGAGUCCCGGGUGGUGCCUCCUCCCUCUUCAGGCCUCCAGCAGCAGCAGGAAGCUCUGGCCGCCUGGAGAGGAGUUCAAACAUCUACACAAACCUUCAGACCGUUUGAGAAAAACCCGAGCAAACAGGCACGAUACGAGCUCUACCUGGGCCGCCUCAGACAGGGAGACAAAGACGCCCUGGACCAGAGUCUGGACCCGGCCAUGACGGAGUGGGAGCGCAGCCGGGAGAGGGAGGAGUUCGUCCGGGCCUCCAUCCUGUACCGACCCACGUCCUCCUCGCUGUCGACCCGGUUCACCAGAGCCAGGCACCAGGAGGACGAGGAUACGGUGGAGGUCAGCCGGGACCAGGAGGGCGACGUGGAAGACAAGCAGGCCGCCGUGACGAUGAAGAUGUUUGGAAAGCUGACCAGGGAGACGUUCGACUGGCAUCCAGACAAACUGCUCUGCAAGAGGUUCAACGUGCCCGACCCGUAUCCAGGGUCCGGGAUGGUCGGCUUGCCCAAAGUGAAGAGAGACAAGUUCUCCGUGUUCAACUUCCUGACCGUGACCGAGAGCAGAGAGUCGACAGCUCCUCCGAAGCCUCCAGAGUCCAUGAAGAAGUCCAGGUGGGACGUGUCAGAGCAGCAGAAGAAGAACGACGACCCGCUGAGUGAGAUGCUGAGCGCUGCACGGAGCCAAGCCGAGAACCAAGUGGAGAAAACUCCUGCUUUACCUGCUUUACCUGCUUCGUCUGCCUCCAUCAGCGCUCAGACAGAGGUGAAGGCAGCAGAUCAGCAGAAGAAAGCAGGUGAUGAAGAGGAGCAGGAGGAGGAGGAGGAGGAGGAGGACAGGCCUCCCAUGGAUCUGUUUAAGGCCAUCUUCGCCAGCUCAUCUGAGGACAAGUCCUCGUCUUCAUCGGAGGGAGAGAGCGACGAAGAGGAGGACGGGAAGGACGGCAAGGAGGAGGAAGGACAGAUGGACUCACAGCCUCUGAACCUGUUCAACAUCACCUCCAUCACCUCCUCAGCCACCUCCACCUCCAUCACCUCCUCCUCUGCUACGCCCAGGCAGCCCACAGCAGCAGCAGUUUCCUCUAAAGCUCCGACUCAGGAGGUGGAGGAGGAGUUUGGUCCGAAGCUGCCGCCUCCGUCAGCUGCUCUCCCCAGAGGAGGCGCCGUCAGCGAGGAGCAGAAACCCAGCAGGAGGAGCAAAGACAAGAAACACAAGAGCAAGAAGCAGCACAAACACAAGAAGGACAAGAAGAAGAAGAAACAGAAGAAGCACAAACACAAGGUGAAGCAGCAGAAGAAGAGUAAGAAGGAGGCGUCGGACAGCAGCUCAGAGGACGACGACGACGACGACGGACACGUGUCCACGGAAGAGCUGCUGAAAAGACUGAAGAGCGUUCGUUCCCAUCAGACCUGGUGAUGAGCAGCAGCUUUGUCCUCCAUGAGGACGUCCAUCAGCAGACUGCACAUCGAUUUAAAAAGCUGCUGUCAUUUUAAAUGAUGGAAUAAAACAUUGAUUACUAACCGUC